UCUCCAGAGUCCCGUCUGAGCUGGCCAGCCGACAACAAUCCCAACAAACCAAUAACAGAUCCCCCACGUGCAGCCAAAAGCGUCCUAGUGCGACUCCGUCACAGCAAAGCUCCUCCGGACCGAAUUGCGCCGGGAAUCCCCGUCAACCAAUUGAUGCAACCAAAACAUUUUCUCGAACAGCUUCCGCCCCAGCAGACCAUCUCCUGAAAGGACACCUGCAACCCGCCUCUUUUUGCCCGUCGCAUCUCGUCAACCGCUUUCCCAUUGUCUACUCAAUUUUCUUCCCAAAGUCUUCUUCCCCGUCAAAAAUCAGCAAUCAUGUCUGUUCCUAACUUCGGAGACAUUGCCAAGUCGGCCAACGACCUCCUCAACAAGGACUUCUACCACCUCUCUGCCACCACCUUCGAGCUCAAGAGCAACACCCCCAACAACGUUGCUUUCAAGGUCACCGGCAAGACCUCCCAUGAGAAGAGCACCGCUGGCGCUAUCGAGGGCAAAUACUCCGACAAGGCUACCGGCCUGACCCUCACCCAGACAUGGAACACCGCCGCCGCCCUUGACACCAAGGUCGAGCUCGCCGACAGCCUCGCCAAGGGCCUGAAGGCUGAGGGUGUCUUCUCCUUCCUGCCCUCCGCCGGCGAGAAGGCCGCCGCCAAGAAGGGCGCCAAGUUCAACCUUACCUUCAAGCAGAGCAACUUCCACAGCCGCGCUUUCUUCGACCUCCUCAAGGGUCCCACCGCCAACAUCGACGCUGUCGUCGGCCACGAGGGCUUCCUCGCUGGUGCCUCUGCCGGCUACGAUGUGAACAAGGCCUCCGUCACCGGCUACGCCGCCGCUGUCGGCUUCCAGGCCCCCACCUACUCUGCUGCCAUCACCGCCAGCGACAACCUCAGCGUCUUCGCUGCCUCCUACUACCACAAGGUCAACUCCCAGGUUGAGGCCGGUGCCAAGGCUACGUGGAACUCCAAGGCCGGCAACAACGUUGGUCUUGAGGUCGCCAGCAAGUACCGCAUCGACCCCGUCUCCUUCGCCAAGUUCAAGGUCAACAACAACGGUGUCGCCGCUCUCGGCUACAACGUCCUCCUCCGCGAGGGUGUUACCCUUGGCCUCGGUGCCUCCUUUGAUACCCAGAAGCUUGACCAGGCUACCCACAAGCUUGGUGCCAGCUUCACCUUCGAGGGCUAAGCCUUUGUUCACUACAUGUAUUCUUGACGAGGAAAAUUCUUUCAGCUCCUUUCUCCGGCCGGGUAGCGGACCCAAUGCUCUUCUGGUUUCAUUUGGAGGCUCCUGUCUAGUGUAGAUUAGUUCGGGGAGUAAUUGAGUUUGGUCGACCGGGAAAUCGUGUUGUCUUUGCAUGCGAGCGCUUCGUGGUGAUCCGAACGCUUGGCCUUUGGUUGUGUGAUUUAUAUCUAUCCUGCUAGAUGUCCACAGGUUACUGCGCAAGCUCUAUCGCUUGGUCUAUGAUUUGGCAUCUUUCUUCUUCCGGCUCAAUCCGCCAGUAGCAACAAAGGGUAUGAAAAAGGAAAAGAACAAGAUCCCGCUGACCACCAAAAACGCUCCCACAGAAGUCUCCUGCGGUCCAACCGGGACCUGCGUGCCCAUGAUCCUA